AUGAUACAGUCAGGCCGUUGCCAAAAUUUCGAUGACUUUGAGAUCCUAACUUCUUCCGAUAUCUUUCCGGCCCCGAGUUCUUCCACUAGUUGUAAUGAGUUUCCGGAAAUUUCAGCAGAUAUUCCGGCCGCCAGAAGCGAUCUUUCUGGUACCUCUUUACCUUCAAAGAAGGAAUCAGCUCUAUGCAUGCCGUUAAACUGGGACUUCACGAUUGGAAACGUGGUCGCGUUUGGCGAGAAGAUUUUAUCCGGUGAGGAGAUCCACCAAUCACCACCAUGUGUAAACGAGUAUAAUUCUGACGAUGUGAGGAAUUUUGAAGCUCCGCCAAUAGCAUCACUUCAUGAAAGGAGGUACAGAGGAGUGAGACGGCGGCCGUGGGGGAAGUUCACGGCAGAGAUGAGGAAUCCGGAGAAGAAAGGGUCAAGAUUAUGGCUUGGGACGUAUGAGACGCCGGAGGAAGCAGCCAUGGCGUACGAUCGAGCUGCUUUUAAGCACCGUGGGUCUCAUGCUUUGCUGAACUUCCCGCAUUUAACCCAAUUACACAAUGAAAAUCCCCAAAGAUAUAUCUCAAAAAAACGAUCAUCAUCAUCUACAUCUUCAUUGUCGUUAGAUUCUUCAACAAAAAAGCAAUCUUAA